AAUAACAAUAAUAUGUGCAUAUGAGACACACCCUGACAGUGUAGCAUUCAGUCUGAGUGCUGAAGUGUGCGCAAUCUGGCAACCCGGUGUGAGCGUCAGUUCCGAGCGACAUGGCGGACACGGUGCAGCCUGAAGCCGAGCAGGAUUUAGAGAUCAAGAUCCAGGAGACGCGACAGAGGUUUAAAAAUGAGUUCGUUCAUGACUCGGGGCAGAAGUACGACAGCAGGGACGUGGAGCGUCUCCUGGAGGACGAUGCUCUGGUGGAAAGCUACCUGACGUGGAGACAGUUUGUGAUGGACGACACGCUGAAGAUGAUUGAUGAGAGUUUUCAGUGGAGGAAGGAGUUUAACCUGAAUGAUCUGACGGAGAGCAGUAUCCCACGCUGGAUGUUCGAGACCGGAGCUGUUUAUCUUCAUGGCUACGACAAAGAAGGCAACAAACUGUUCUGGUUCCGAGUGAAGCUUCAUGUGAAAGACACAAAGACCAUCCUGGAUAAAAAGCGCUAUGUGGCCUUCUGGCUGGAGAGAUACGUCAGGCGUGAACCCGGGAUGCCCCUCACUGUCGUCUUCGACAUGUCUGAGUCCGGCAUCAGCAACAUCGAUAUGGACUUUGUGAAGUACGUCAUUAACUGCUUCAAAGUUUAUUACCCCAAGUCUCUGUCCAAAAUGAUCCUGUAUGAGAUGCCGUGGAUCAUGAACGCGGCAUGGAAAAUCGUUAAGACGUGGCUCGGUCCUGAGGCCAUCAAAAAGCUCAAGUUCACCUCCAAAAGUGAAGUCCAGAUGUACAUCGACCCUGAGCACCUCCCUCCACACAUGGGAGGAACGGACCAGUUUAAAUACAGCUACCCUCCGCUCCCAGACGAUGACUUCCAGACCCCCAUCUGUGAGAACGGACCGAUCGUCAGUGAGGACGAGAGCGAGAUAAAGGACACCGAGUCGGAGUGUAAAGAGAGUCUGGAGUCUAGCUUCAACAUGGAUCAGAGCAUCAGGAGCAAAAAGGUGAACUUCACUGAAGAAUCGGAGAGAACUGAAAGUCGACUCCGAGGAGCCAGGAAACCCCUGACCACUUUCAGGGGCACUUUGCUGCAUGUCAGUAAAUACCCCCAAAUGCCCAACAUGGUGUGUAAUGUGGUGGAGUUUGUCUUGACAGGGGUCGGACGUGAACUUGUGCUCCAUUCACUGAUGGGACAAUUUCCAGCUGAGGAACUGAGCUUCGGCUCCAGAGAGACGGAGAAAAAGUGUCUCAUCAUCCUGAACAACAUCACCAAAAAUCAUGUGGCCUUUAAGGUUCGAACAACAGCACCGGAGAAAUAUCGCGUUAAACCCAGCAGCAGCUCCUGUGAGCCUGGAGCUCAUGUAGAUAUUUUAGUUUCAUUACAUGGAGGCUUCCAGGCGUCUCCUCAGGACCGUUUCUUGAUCAUGGCGGCUGAGAUGGAGCCGAACUCUGGCACUUCUGGAGCAGAUCUUUCUCAGUUCUGGAAAGAAGUAUUGAAAUCUAAGAUCAUGGAGCACAGGCUUCGGUGUCACGUUCUGGAGACGCCUAAAUCUAUCCUGAACAAUUCCCACGACAGUAUUUUAGUGACGUCGCCUAACAGCACACACGAUCUCCACACAGCGCUAACGCGGCUCACGGUCGCUAAUUCCCGUCUGGAGCAGAAACUGGAGAGCUGUUUAUGGCUGCAGAAGGUUCUUCUCGUCAUGGUGUCAGUCCUGAUGGCUUUCAGUUUCUCCACCAUGUUCUCACGGGGGACCUCGUAGUCCAGACAGACGACCAGAAAUAAAAUCAAACCCACGACCAAUAAGCUGCUGAGGAUCGGAGCAUCCGUAUGACAUCAUCGGCUCCCGGGGGCACGAGGCUCGGAACCGGGCGGAGAACUUUCUGUACCAAGGAGAAUUUAUUACGUACUUAUCAGUAAUAACGGGGUUGAAGAAUAACGUAUUUUUUAUGACGUGUUACGAGGUUUAAUUUAUAACAGAUGCAGUGCAGCGUGUAAAGUAAUUAUUAUUCAAACAUCAAUUUGUGAUUUGUGUACAAAUGAAAAAAGUAUGUUUAUAAAACAUUAAAUCUUUUUAUUAAUUA